AUACGUGGAAGCAAAAAGGCGCCACCAGUGUAACUCAAGAUAGCGCGCGCACAUGAAUAUCAACUUAAAACGACACCGUUUCAUAUCCAACACUUUCUCCAAACCCUAAUUGAUUAUCUUCACGAUUUCCACAAAUUCGAACUUCGCGGUUCGCACCAUGUCCUCCGAUGACAUCAAUAUCACUCCUGACCAGAGAAUCGAAAACGGCCUAACCUCCCCUCUCGUCUUCCAAGACGACACUCUCCGUUUCAACUGCGGCGGUGCACCACAGAGACAAGUCGGUGAUCGGGCUCCUAAAACCCGUGAAGUCGGCGGUUUCAUAGAUGACAAGAUGUUCACCGUGAAUCGCGAUCGGUUUUUCACUUCCCAGGGUACGGAGUUCCGCCGGAACGUUUUCGCCGAUCGGCCUGACCACAGGGAUAGUUCAGAUGUACUGAACUGGAGUGCCGAAACUCCAAGCAGUGAUGAUUCCGACGGGGAAGAUGAUGACGAAGACGAUGAUGGAGACACCACAGCUGAUAGACUCGUUAGUAUCGGUGACGACGGAAGCAAACGCAAUUCCAAUGCAAUUAUUGAUGUUAACAAUAACAAUGGUGGCAGUGUUGUAAAUGGGAAAGCUCAGCAUCAUUCUCCUUAUGUUUCUAGUAGAGAGAUAUUGGGAAAGGAUGGUGAAAUUGUACAGUUGGUGCAUAACAAUGUGAGUGGCGCUACUGGUGAGGAUCAACUGCGAGAAAGAUUAGGUAAAACUCAGAACUCUGUAACCGUUGCUGAAACUGACUGUGAGGAGUACUAUUCGCACUAUCUUCAAGGUGGGGAAGGAUCACCUUCUGUUCAAAAAGUUAUGGUGGAUGACAAUGGCUGUGGGUUUAGUGGAAGAAAGGAUGCCGGGUAUUCAAGCGAGUCUGGGGAGUCAUUGAGGUCGAUUCUUUCGGAUCCUGUUACUGGAACGCUUAUGGAUGAUGCAAUGAUAUUACCUUGCGGACAUUCAUUUGGUGGAGGUGGAAUUCAGCAUGUUAUUAGAAUGAAGGCUUGUUGUACUUGUUCUCAACCCACAUUGGAGGAGUCAAUAUCUCCAAAUCUUUCACUUCGAGAUGCUGUGCAGGCAUACCGCCGAGAAGAAGAAUCACAAUUUUACCGGUCAUCCAAAAGAAAAAGAGAACGAUUUGAUCAGGGUGGUUUUGGAGAGUGUGCUGUUAUUGAACCAUCAAGGAGUAGAGGUGUUCAAUUUCCAUUUGCUGUGACGGACCGGGUUAUCAUAAAGGGGAACAAAAGAACACCACAACGCUUUGUUGGGCGUGAAGCUAUUGUAACAACACAAUGCCUGAAUGGAUGGUAUGUGGUGAAGACGUUGGACAAUGCAGAGAGUGUGAAAUUGCAGUAUCGCUCCCUUGCUAAGGUUUCCGACGAUCCUUCAAAACCUGUCUCCAGUAACAUGGGACCUAAUUGGCUUCAGAUUUGCCGAACAACAUCAUAAGACGUGGUUGAUAAUUCUUCUGCAUGCCGCUAUAUGUUUAACAUUAUGUUGUUAACACACCAAACAAAAUUUUUAGUAAUUCUACUGUUGUUGUAUUAUUGUAAGAAAACUGUGCUAGCAGAGUUUGUAAAUACAAAAGCCUUGUGAUGUUGUGUUUGUUGAGAGUAUAGUAUCUUAGCAACCUUUUGUAUCAGAUUCAGUAACAUAAUUAUAUUUAAAUGGAAACUAUUGUGGCCUAA